UUCGGCCGGUCGGGUGAGGAACGGAACAGAGUCUCCUUCCUCUGCGCGCUGCGCCGCCCCUCGCCGUCGAGCUCGCUGCCGCGCGACUCCUCCUCCUACCAAGCUGCACCGCGCCCCUCCCCGUCGACAUCGCAGCCGCACUGGGAUUCCUCAUCCCCCCCCGGACCGCGCCGCCUCCUCGUCUCCCCCCGGACCGCGCGGCGCCGCCUCCCGUCCCCGUCUCCGGCCGCCGCGGCCCGAGCAGCUCCGCGCGGCGGCAAUACGUCGCCGGUGUUGCCUCGCAAGCCGGCCACGCCAGCCGCGACAGAGACACACGCACUCGAGGCAGCUUGCAGGGGCACCCACACAUCUCGCUGGAUUGGCUGGCCCCCUCUCUUCGGUCUGACAUGAUCUCCUCCUCGCUCCUCUCGCGCCCCCGCCUCGCCCCGCGCCCCGUCCCCGCUGCGGCCUCCCCCUGCCGCGCCCGCCUCGCGGUCGGCGGCGGCGGCGCGCGCGGGCUCGCGGCCGGCGUGCGGUGCCAGGCGCAGGCGGGGGACAUGGACGCGCACUACAUGCGGCGGUGCGUCGACCUGGCGCGGACGGCGGCCGGGCACACCAGCCCAAACCCCAUGGUGGGCUGCGUCAUCGUCCGCGAAGGAGAGGUCGUCGGCGAGGGAUUCCACCCCAAAGCCGGCCAGCCCCACGCCGAGGUAUUUGCUUUGAGAGACGCAGGGGAUUUAGCUGAGAAUGCAACGGCUUAUGUGAGUUUGGAGCCCUGCAACCACUACGGGAGAACCCCUCCCUGCACUGAAGCACUCAUCAAAGCCAAAAUUAAGGAGGUUGUGGUGGGGAUGACUGACCCGAAUCCUAUUGUAGCAUCCAAAGGGAUUGAAAAACUCAGAAACGCCGGCAUAGAUGUAAGGGUUGGUGUGGAGGAAGCAUUAUGUCUCAGAUUAAAUGAGGCUUAUAUUCACCGUAUGCUUACUGGGAAGGCCUUUGCAACUUUGAGAACUACACUCUCGAUGAACGGAAUUGUCAUAAACCAAAUCGGGAGCGGAGCUGAUCAACCAGGAGGAUACUACUCACAGUUAGCAAAAGAAUACGAUGGAGUUGUAAUUUCAAGUGACAUGGCCAAGGCGACUACCUUACCAAUAUCACAAGAGGCUGGCGCAAAGCAGCCUCUUUACAUCAUCAUAGCGCAGGGAGAAGGUUCCAAAUUGCACAUCCCGUUUCUCGACGAGGAGUCUGCAUCUAACGCCAUAGUCCUUGCCGAUAGCCCCGUCGCCGUGGAGCCAUCGGGAGUCAGCGUCUCGGUCCUUGAUGAGAUGAACCUGGACUCCAUCCUUCGAAUUCUCGCCGAUCGAGGGUUAUGCAGCGUGCUGGUGGAUUUCAGAGAUGCCGGAGGCGCCCUGGCGUCGCUGCUGAAGGAUUUUCAGGAGGACAAGCUGGUGCAGAAGGUUCUCGUGGAGCUCUCUCCUGUGUGGAUGGUGAGCCCUGGGCCUAGCGACCUGGCGUUUGGUGGCAGCCAGUCGUUUGCACUCAAGAAUGUGGAGCACAAGGAGGUGAAUGGAACUUUGCUGCUUGAGGGAUAUUUGUAGCUUCUUAUCUUUUCUGUCUGAGGAUUUGUGGCCUCCUAUUGUAAACACCGAGCCAUGUGAACUUGAGCCUGAACCCGCAUUCGCUUUGGAGUCGCACUACAACGCUUUGGAGUUUCACUUGGAGUAAUGUGCGGUUAAACCCGACUA